AUGGUUUUGGAAGGAAACACAUUGUAUAGUGUUGGUGGUUGUAAUCAAAAUCAAGAUUUCACAGAUUGUACAUGUCUUGAUUUGGGAAAUGUUGGCCAAGGUUGGAAGAUUGAUACAACUCAUUCUCUUUCAUCCAUUUUCAAUGAUUCUAAUAAGGAAGAAGCUCAACCUGUACUUCAUGCUCUUGUGCAAAUUCCUUCCACUGAUUCCUCUAUUACUUAUUUUGUAGUUGGAGGAUUAUUUCAAAAGACUCCUGACGUUUUGACAGUUUCUCCACCAACAACUACGUCUAUUACUUCAAGUAAGAAAGACGGAAAAUCAAUAACCAAAUCAGAAACAAGCUCAUUUAAUAUUGAUUUAUUUAAUGAGAAGGUGAAUGAUGACAUUUUCAGAACAGUUCUAUCAUUUCUUAGCAUUCAAGAUUUAAUGAAAUUACAUUUGGUUUCCAAAUCAUUGAGAAUUUGCACUUUAACAACUGAAGAUCAAUAUUGGGAAGAUUUUUAUUUCAAAAAAUUGAGUGAUUUUAAGGAGGCAUCAAAACAAACUGUUGGUUCCUAUGAUUAUGUACUUUGUAAAUAUGUUUUUGAUACCACUCAAUCAAGAAUUUUCGAUUCCUAUUUACGUAAAAAGUCAAAUUACAAGGAAAAUCUCACUCAAGCUGUUCAAGCCAUCAUGUCAAAAGUUGAAAAGAAGAAUAUUGAAAGAACAUUGAAAAUUGAGGAGGUAAAACAACGUAAAGAUGGAAGACAGUAUUGUUCCAAGUCUGAACUUUUAAACUAUUCUCAUGUGGUUGAAAUGUUAGACAAGUAUCCUCCUCCUUAUGGUGUUUUUAAGGUUGUUGCGGUAGGAGAUGGAGCAGUAGGUAAAACAACACUAUUAAAACGCUAUUCUUCUGGAGAUUAUCCAAAUGAUUAUAUUCCAACUGUGUUUGACAAUCACAAUAUAAGUGUAAAAGUUGAAGACAAGACUUAUUCAAUCGAUUAUGAUAGAUUACGUCCAUUGUCCUACCCAGGGACAUCUUUGUUCUUAGUGAACUUUAGUUGUGUGUCAGAGGCUUCAUUUUUCAAUGUUGUCACCAAAUGGCUUCCAGAAAUCAGACACCACUGUACUGCUCCUGUGGCAUUAGUGAAUACCAAGAUUGACUAUCGUACUGAUUCAAUUCUUAAUAAGGAAUUCAUUCUUAAAUAUGAAGAAAAACCAAUCACAUUCGAACAAGGAGAGUUGAUGGCCAAAAAUAUGGGUUGUGCCACUUAUAUUGAAACUAGCUCCAAAACAGGAUAUGGCCUUGAUGAUUUGAGUAGUGUCAUUUUGAGAACAAUUGCCGUCACCAAAGAUGACAAUUAUUGUAGUAAAGUUCGUCCACAAAAGAAGUGUUUAGUGCAAUAA